CAACGGCGUCUAAUCUUCAGUUUUGCCCCGAUUAGACUGUCAGUUUCACGUUGGCUAGUGUGUGCAGGUGCACAUUUUCAGAAUGCUGCCAACGCGACAGUCGAGUUGGCGUUAAUCGACAUGGCCACUGCAUAUUUCUCUGCUGAUGACGUCAUUUCCUGUUGCAUCUGCCUCGGUCCAUUCACCGAUCCGCGCACCUUGCCCUGUGGACACACUUUCUGUUUGCGAUGUCUGCAACGUCACAUCGACUCCAGCGUCAAUGAGAACACCUUCAAGUGCCCCAACUGCAGGGCCGUGGUUGAUAUCCGGGACCAGAAUCGGCCAUCAACGUCCAGCGCUGAGCAGUUCCCGUGUGUUGUGGCACUAGCGGACGCCUUAGACGCUAUUAGACAAUUAAAUCUCCGUGACGUUCCCAUCACUAUAGCAGAAACGCAUCCUCACAGAUAUCAAAUCAGUUCAGUCUGUAAACAGCUAAAGUGGAUGGGUAAAUUUCUUAAAACCAGUAUGGAAUCUGAGAUAGAACGACUUCAAUGCGGCGUGGAUAUGAGCGCGGUGGAGGUAGCAGACGACAUAACAAGAAGAAGGGGCGAAUUAAUACGCGACUUUAUAGCAGACGGCAACCAGGAACAGGACGACGUAGACGACUACAUGGUUACAAUCGACAAGGAACACGAUAAGAUCAAGAAGGAACUGAACAAAGCUUGCAUAUCUCUUAAAAUAGACAUGUUUCAAUUAUUUUCACAGCACCAGCAUUUCAUUGAUGAAAGUGAAAGAAUGAUCAACUUGUGCGAACGUCUUCUCAAUUCGAGAUCGGAAACCGACAUUCAAAAUAACAUUUCUAAACUGAACAAAAUACAAUAUAUAAUUUCUGACUUUGUCGCCCAAAUUCCUUCCAAAGGUAAAAUUCGUGACCUGAAACUUUCUUUGACUGAAUCUAAGAAAACAACAGUUGGAGCUUGUUCUGUUGACAUUGGUGAAAUUGUAAAAUCUGACAUAAAAGCUUUGAUUGAAGCUCACAGAAUUAACGUGGACAUGUCCGCAAUACAGAUAGACACACAGACCUAUGGUAAGACGGAUGCAAUGACACGGAUACAGGCAGUAAUACCAGACACACCAACAUCCCAGACAGACACACGAACAGACAGGAGGAGAGACUCUAUGAAGCGGAUGAAAACAUUGUACACAAAGGUGUCGUCAGAUAGAUACGAUCCUGAACUACAAUCGCUCCUGGUGCUGGAAGGAGAAAGAACAAAGAAAAUUGUUGUGAUUGACUGUUCCAACUUUUGUGUGAAAUGUUUCUGUUCGGAGACGUCUGCUUUACGAAGUAAAUACGACCUUUCAAGUCUACCAGGCGGUCUUGCUAAGUUAAGUGACCAGCAGGUUUUAGUAGCCUUGCCGUUCGAACAAAACAUUCUGGAUCUGAAUAUACAAGAAGACAUUCGUCUGACGGGCACAUUGAAAACUGUGAAGCCAUAUUCCUACAUAGCUGUGUUGCCUGGCAACUGGCUAGUGGUCAGCGGGGGGUGGCAUGGUCAGUAUGUAGAUAUACUGAAUGUAAGGGGUCAUGUCAUUCAGUCUUUCCCUUGCGACUUGAUCCCCCACCCCGGAUGUCUCACGGUGAAAGGUGAUUCGUUGAUUUUCGUGUCAGAGAACCAGAUUGUGCAAUGUGUGACGUUAUCAGAACAUAUCACGUGGCAGUCGCGUGAUUCGGAAAGGCUGCGUCAUCCAGUGGGCGUCGCGUGCGACAUAGAAGAGUUUUCUUAUGUUUGCGAUGAUGAGAGAAAUUGUAUUGUUCAGUUGUCACGUGACGGAGAGAUCAUCCGUGACGUCAUCACAGACCAGGACGGAUUGUCGAAGCCUUGGCAUAUUUGCUAUGAUCAGGAUCAUUUUUAUGUCGCUCAGGAAAAUGGAGAUAUUAUUAUAUUUACAUGGUACAAAGCUUCAAUGUAAAAUAAUCUACACUGACUGUUUAAUAACUACCGGUACAUAGUUUUAUUUAUUUAUUUAUUUAGUCCAUAAUACACAUGUACAAAAAGCUAAACUACCUUGUCUGUUGUCAAGUUUGUUGAUUAAAAUAAUCAAGUACAUACGAGUUAACAGUUAAACAAGGCAAUAUUUAGGAGCGAAAGGAAACGUUUACAUAUAGAAACUGCAAAUGCAUUUUACGUCAUAUAGGAUGCCGUUAUACUAGAAAGUUUGCCAUGCUCUAGAACUUUCGUUACAUGUGCGAAAUGACACAACGCCACCCUUUUAGAACAGAAACUUACUAGAUUAUUUAUUUUAAUUGCAGUAGUGUUAUUCCGUUGAGGAAAUUUUGUUUUUGUGUUAAAAUAUGACCGUUACUAGCAAUACAGUUAAAGUUAGUUUUAUUUAACGAUACCACUAGGGCACACUGAUUAAAUAUCGGCGAAUGGGAGGGAGAAAAUGGAUGAUUCUUACAGCAAUAGAUCGUCUUAUACAAAGAGAGCACCGUCAAACUACAAGGACAUUUAUCGUAUUAUUCUUAAUGGCUGCUCCCCACCCCACCCUCUAGGUACGGACAUUUUAUUGUAUUGUUAUUAGCAAGAUUAGUUUUUAAUAAAGUAUCAAAUACAAGGAAACGGUCAGGUCAGGUCAUAGGGCUUUACGUGCACAUUCAGAACAAGCUGUUGUAGCGCACGCCUUUAGGGUUUUGGAAACGGAGUAUUAACAGGGCUUUAUAUUACACCAAAGCAGAGGCGAUCAAGGGUGAGCCCAAAAUAAGUAAGCUCACAACAAGCAAGCCCAAAUUAAGUACAAACAUGUUAUCCUCAAAAGAUUUCACCUAAAAACCAAUAGAAUGUUAACCUGUAAUUAGAUUAAAAUGCAGUUCUGAAUAUGUACAACAUAAUAACAUUACUACAUUGAAAGACCUUGGUGUGCUCCAAACAGACAAAAAUCAUGUUGUUCCCAAAUUAGCGAGAUUUAAAGCCCUGAUUAAUUAUCAUAACUCAAGUAGAUGAACACUCAUACAAAUGUAUUGGUGUUUCCGUUUCCAAAUAGAAUUUAUUCUUUUCGUAAUACCGAAUGGGAGGCUUUUUAGCAUGUUAUGCAUCAGACUUACAAAACUCUAGAAAGAGCACUUUAAAAAUCACAAACACUUUUGGGUGCAUUAGAAAUCCAGUUAUUGGCGCUCAUUUCCUAAACUUGCAAUUGCCCUGAUCACAGAAAGAGGGUAGCUUAAUUUAAUUAGACUCCGGAGGUCCAUUAGAGGGGAAAUCAUUUUCACGAUCAUUCUCGCGGGAAACGCCACGUGGUGUGCCGGCCAUUUUUGUGAAUGGACGUAACCGAUAACAGUUGCAGAAUAAGAUUGGCUUAUAAUUUGUUCAAGCAGGGUCAUUGUCUCGGUCAUAGACUCUCAAAUCUUCAACAUCAUUCACAAAUCCCUGCAUCAGCUCAUAAACAAGUGCUAAGCCAAAACAGGAAAAAAAGAGAGAGAAGAUUUUAUCGUUCAUGAUUCUCUAACUGCAAACGAAGUUAUUCUCGUUAAGGCUUUGAUUUGCUAUGUAAUUUACUUGAUAUAUAUGUGAAGGGUGUUUUGUGUGUGUGUGGGGGGGGGGGUUAACAAUGUGGAUUGACACGGAAAGCAAUGGUUAAUAAUAAAUGAUAUAAUUUUAUGUUAAAUUUUAAUUCAGUUUUGUCUCAUAGUAGAUCAUUUUUAAAAAUAAACUGUCCUAAGAAACUAUUAGUUAUACUUGUAUAAUUAUGUUAAAAAAAUCAUUUUCGAUUUAGUACGUUUCCUUUUUGAAAAUCUCCACAACGUAGCAUGUACUAAUCUUGUAGUGUGUGUGUGUGUGUGUGUGUGUGUGUGUAACCGGAUGUUUUAAAUUGCAUAUCACAUACACUACAAUUUUAAAACAGUUUACAUAUAUUUUAUUCUUUCUAACUCUAAUAGUGCAAAGCUGUGUCUUAUUUUGUUUCUAUUGUUUUCCUGUCUUUGGAAUUGUCAGCUUGGGUUGUGUUUACCCUCAACUCAGUGUUCAGGCCAGGUAGUCGUUCAACAGUAAGCUCAUCUAUUGUUUCUUGUGUUACCUGGUGUUCUCUGGAGUCAGAGACUUUUAAACGUCCAAGCAAGACAGAGGUGGUUUUCUGCAUUGCAAGUUUUCUAUUUGAUCAAGUUCUGCACGGCACAGUUAUUAACAACACAGGGUCGUUAUUUGUGUGAGAAUGGUUUUAUAAACAUCGGGAUCUUCACAUCCCUCCAAGUGAUCCCUGAAUAAAGACUUUAAACCCCAGCUGAAGUCUUCUGUGAUAUAUAUAGAACCUUCGGUAACAUUGGAGCUGAUGUAGGGACACUUGGGAUCAUGUGAUCAAUCCUGUGACUAUUGUGGAUCUGAACUGUAUUCUAACUUGUGACUGGUUGUUAUUUUCAUCUUUUAACUUUUGUGCAAUGUGACUCUUGUGGUUCGAGACUGUGUUCCACCAUGUGACCAUGUGACUGCUUGUGAUUUGUUUGGGGUUUUUUUACUUUUGUACCUUGUGAUGUGACAUUCUGUGAACUUUGACAUUCAGUGACAUUUAUGAAGAAUUGAUUUGUUUUUAUCCAGUUUUAUUUUAAAAACAUUUCAGUGACAGCUAAAGUGACUUAUUGAUUGUGUGUUGUGUUUUAUUCAUGUGUUUGAUGUAAAAUGUCUGCAUCUGUAUCUAAUCUGUGAGUAUUCUCUCUCUAUAUAUAUUUUGUUGUUGAUAUUUUCUUAUUCAUUUGUUUAUUUUCUUAUCCUAUUUAUAUUAUUGUUACUCACAGUUGUCUUCAGAGAAACAAUUUUUUACUAAACCUUUUGAUGAUGUACU